UCUUGUGCUUUCUUUUUUUUUUUUUUCCCCUUUCUCCUCUUCUUCCUGCUCCGUACAUCAGAUGAACUGUUCCCGUCUCGGACAACCCCUUCUCCAUCAGGCCCGUUACAGAAGCCGAGUCUCAAGCUCAAACGCCGCCGCCAUCUCUCGUUGUCUUGUACAAGGUCAAGGCCCAAAACUACCUCUAUCGUUUUCGUCGCCGCCAACCCACCCAGCGCUCCGCCGUCGGUUUUACGUCCAGUCUUCGGUCGCUAUUUCGAACACCACUUCUUCUUUUCACCAACAACUUCUCCAAAGCCCCCAAGCCGCAACCCGUACCGCCGCACUCGAGCCCGCUUCGUCCCUCUGGCCCAGCCGCAGUAGCAGAGCCUCCCUUGUUCCUCCUGCCAACCACACACGACACUUCCUUGUCCGCAGAUACUCUCAGUCCGCCAAAAUGACUGUCAACAACUUCACCAAGAAACACAAGGUUACCGUCAUCGGUUCCGGAAACUGGGGCACCACAGUGGCCAAGCUCGUUGCCGAGAACUGCGCCGAGCACCCCGAUACGUUCGAGAAGGAUGUUCAGAUGUGGGUUUACGAGGAGAACGUUACCCUCCCCAAGGACUCCAAGCACUUCGAUGCCUCGAUCGGCGAGCAACCCCAGAAGCUCACCCACAUCAUCAACACAAAGCACGAGAACGUCAAGUACCUCCCCGGCAUCCCGUUGCCCCACAACAUUGUCGCCAACCCUUCGCUGGUAGACGCCGUUAAGGACUCGAGCAUCCUUAUCUUCAACCUCCCCCACGAGUUCAUUGGCAAUAUCUGCAGACAGAUCAAGGACCACAUUGCGCCCUAUGCUCGCGGUAUCAGCUGCAUCAAGGGCGUCUCCGUCACCGACGACAAGAUCGAGCUUAUUUGCAACUACAUCAGCGACGCGCUCAACAUCUACUGCGGUGCCCUUAGCGGUGCCAACAUUGCCAGCGAGAUUGCCAAUGAGCAGUGGUGCGAGACCACCAUUGCCUACAACACCCCCGUUGUUGACAGGCGCGACGAGAACGGCAGGCCGGUUGCCAACGGCGAGUCCAACGGCAACGGCGGUGCCAAUGGCCACUCCAAGCAGCUCACCCCGCUGCCGCUCGAUUACCCUCCUCUUGACCACGACGAGUGGUCGCUGCUCUUCAGCCGCCCCUACUUCACCGUCUCCAUGGUGUCGGACAUUGUCGGCGUCUCGCUGGCUGGUGCGCUCAAGAACAUUGUCGCCAUUGCUUGCGGCUACGUCGAGGGCCACGGCUGGAACAUGACCGCUAAGACCGCCGUUAUGCGUCGCGGCAUGCAGGAGACUAUUCGUUUUGCCAACGAAUUUUUCCCCGGCCAGAUCGAGCCCAGGACCUUCUGGGAGGAAAGUGCCGGCUGGGGUGACAUGAUCGUGAGCUGCACCUCUGCCCGCAACUGGAGGUGCUCCAAGUUGGCCGUGGAGCGCAACCUGCCCAUUGAGGAGGUUGAGAAGACGGAGCUCAACGGACAGAAGCUGCAGGGUAUCUCCACCACCCGCGAGGUCAGCAGCUUCCUCCGUGCCAAGGGGGCCGAGGAGCGCUACCCCGUCUUCAUGGCUGUUGAGCGCAUCAUCAACCAGGAGAUCAAGGUGGAAGAGAUUCCCAAGCUCUUCAAGUAAGGAGGCAAAAGGAGAAAAGGGUGCAAAAUCGGUUCGGGUUGCGAUCAUGGGGCGUUUUACGGCGGUUUAGGUACUUUGGGUUUUUGAAAGUGCAUCGAGCCUGUUGGUGAGAGUUGUUCCGGGGUGUGGGGAAGGGAUUUCAGGAUCAUCGUGUAUGCGGUCGGCUUUAUGCAUGCCAUAGCGUAUCGGAUAUCUUUGCAAUGGAAACAAAGACACAUACAAACAUAAGGGGGUGGGAUAGUGUAGCCU